AUGAGCAAACUUGGCGCGAUUCUCUACGGUGUGGUGGGCUUCCUUGCCUUCCUGUUCGUGCUGGUUGGGACGCCGAUAGACCAGUUCCGCGCGAAAGAGAAGGGAGCCACUGGCAACACUCCGUGCAUGACGUUGUGGGGAAUUAAGGAAGACUGCCACAGCACGAAGUAUGAAUUCACCGUUGGGGAAGAUUUUCGUGAAUGCCCCUCAGUCUUGAGGCUGUUCAGGAUGGCCGAGGCGUUCUCCAUUAUUUCCAUUUUGUUGCUGCUUGCUGCCACCGCACUUGGCGUGGCGGCACACUUCUGCCUAAAAUCUCUCAAGAUCUUUGCGACCCUGCUGUUGGUGGUCAGCAUUGUGACGGUUGGGCUCGUUUGGAUACCCAUGGCCUACUUUUACAACCAUGACGUGGACAAUUGCCUUGGAACACCGCUCAAAACAUAUUUGAAAUACGGUGGUGGCUUUGUCAUCAUUGUGAUUGGAUGGUGCCUGAUAUUUGUCGCCGUCGUGCUUCUGCGUAUGCUAUAG